CCGGCGGAAGGCGGGGCAGGGCGUGGUGGGAAGGUCAGCCGGCCGACCGGGCUGCUGCUGCCGGGCGGGAGAGCCCCGGGUCUCACCUCCAGGACGUCCCUAUGGCGGGCCCUGGCCCCGGCGCGGCGCUGGAGUCCCCGCGGCAGCUGCUGGGCCGCGUGCGCUUCCUGGCCGAGGCAGCGCGGAACCUCCGCGCAGGGCUGCCGCUGCCGGCCGCGCUGGCUUUCGUGCCGCGAGAGGUGCUCUACAAGCUCUACAAGGACCCGGCGGGACCAUCGCGUGUGCUGCUGCCGGUGUGGGAGGCGGAGGGCCUAGGGCUGCGUGUGGGUGCCGCGGCUCCCGGCACCGGCUCGGGUACCCUGCGCGCCGCCCGCGAUAGCAUCGAGCUCCGGCGCGGCGCCUGCGUGCGCACCACCGGCGAGGAGCUGUGCAACGGCCACGGGCUCUGGGUGAAGCUCACCAAGGAGCAGCUGGCAGAACACCUGGGUGACUGCGGCCUGGACGAAGGCUGGCUUCUGGUGUGCCGCCCGGCGGAGGGCGGGGCUCGCCUCGUACCCAUUGACACUCCGGACCACCUCCAGCGGCAGCAGCAGCUCUUUGGCGUGGACUAUCGACCGGUGCUCAGAUGGGAACAGGUGGUGGACCUGACCUACUCACAUCGCCUGGGAUCGAGGCCUCAGCCAGCUGAGGCAUACACUGAAGCUAUACAAAGGCUACUCUAUGUGCCCCCAACAUGGACCUAUGAGUGUGACGAGGACCUGAUCCAUUUCUUGUAUGACCACCUGGGCAAAGAAGAUGAGAACCUGGGUAGCGUGAAGCAGUACGUGGAGAGCAUAGACGUUUCUUCCUACACGGAGGAGUUCAAUGUGUCCUGCCUGACAGAUAGCAACGCAGAUACCUACUGGGAGAGUGAUGGGUCCCAGUGCCAACACUGGGUCCGGCUUACUAUGAAGAAAGGCACCAUUGUCAAGAAGCUGCUGCUCACAGUGGAUACCACAGAUGACAACUUCAUGCCUAAGCGGGUAGUGGUCUAUGGGGGCGAAGGAGACAACCUGAAGAAGCUGAGUGACGUGAGCAUUGACGAGACUCUAAUUGGGGAUGUCUGUGUCCUGGAAGAUAUGACGGUCCAUCUCCCAAUCAUUGAGAUCCGCAUCGUGGAGUGUCGAGAUGAUGGGAUUGAUGUUCGUCUUCGAGGGGUCAAGAUCAAGUCAUCUAGACAACGAGAACUAGGGUUGAAUGCAGACCUCUUCCAGCCAGCCAGUCUGGUGCGAUAUCCACGCCUAGAAGGCACUGACGCAGAAGUACUGUACCGCAGAGCUGUCCUUCUGCAGAGAUUCAUCAAGAUCCUAGACAGUGUCCUGCACCACCUGGUACCUGCAUGGGACCACUCUCUGGGCACCUUCAGCGAGAUUAAGCAAGUGAAACAGUUCCUGCUGCUGUCACGCCAGCGGCCCAGCCUGGUGGCACAGUGCCUGCGUGACUCGGAGAGCAGCAAGCCCAGCUUCAUGCCACGCCUGUACAUCAACCGUCGCCUUGCCAUGGAACACCGUGCCUGCCCUUCCCGGGACCCUGCCUGCAAGAAUGCAGUUUUCACCCAGGUUUACGAAGGCCUCAAGCCUUCUGACAAGUAUGAAAAGCCCUUGGACUACAGGUGGCCCAUGCGCUAUGACCAGUGGUGGGAAUGUAAAUUCAUUGCAGAAGGCAUCAUUGACCAAGGGGGUGGUUUCCGGGAUAGCCUGGCAGAUAUGUCAGAAGAACUGUGCCCUAGUUCAGCUGACACCCCUGUGCCUCUGCCCUUCUUUGUGCGCACAGCCAACCAGGGCAAUGGCACUGGUGAGGCCCGGGACAUGUAUGUACCCAAUCCCUCUUGCCAAGACUUUGCCAAGUAUGAGUGGAUCGGACAGCUGAUGGGGGCUGCCCUUCGGGGUAAGGAGUUCCUGGUCUUGGCUCUGCCUGGGUUCGUGUGGAAACAGCUCUCUGGUGAGGAGGUGAGCUGGAGCAAAGACUUCCCAGCUGUAGACUCUGUGCUGGUGAAACUCCUGGAAGUGAUGGAAGGAAUGGACAAGGAGACAUUUGAGUUCAAGUUUGGGAAGGAGCUAACAUUCAGCACUGUACUGAGUGACCAGCAGGUGGUGGAGCUGAUUCCUGGGGGCACAGGCAUCAUGGUCGGAUAUGAGGACCGUUGUCGUUUCAUCCAGUUGGUGCAGAAGGCACGACUAGAGGAGAGCAAGGAGCAGGUGGCAGCCAUGCAGGCGGGUCUGCUGAAGGUGGUGCCACAGGCCGUGCUGGACUUGCUGACCUGGCAAGAGUUAGAGAAGAAGGUGUGUGGGGACCCAGAAGUCACUGUGGAUGCUCUGCGCAAGCUCACUCGGUUUGAGGACUUCGAGCCAUCUGACACAAGAGUGCAGUACUUUUGGGAGGCCUUGAGCAAUUUUACCAAUGUGCAGGAACCAAUUUCCUUCUCCUUCACCCAGAGGACCGGAGCCGUUUCCUGCGCUUUGUCACUGGCCGCAGCCGCCUCCCAGCACGAAUCUACAUCUACCCAGACAAACUGGGCUAUGAGACCACAGAUGCACUGCCCGAGUCUUCCACCUGUUCCAGCACUCUCUUCCUACCGCACUAUGCCAGUGCCAAGGUGUGCGAGGAGAAGCUCCGCUAUGCUGCCUACAACUGUGUGGCCAUCGACACAGACAUGAGCCCCUGGGAGGAGUGAGACUGUGCUCUCACCCAGGCCACACACCUUCCUGCCUGGUUUGGAUCUGAAGGGAGGUGAUGAGUUCAGAAAACCUCAGCCCAGGGGCAUGCUCUUAUGUAUGGUUGCAGUGGGAGCCAUGAGUUGACACUGGUGGUCCAGCCCCACAGACCCACAAGCCCUACUAGUGCUGGGACUUGCUUCCCAAGGUAUUUAGCCUCUGUGAGAGGAAAUCUUCCACAAGCCCAGCACAAGCUGCCAGGCCUGAGCUACUUGAAGGGGGCCACCCAGCUCCCCACCCAAUGGAUAUUGAGUCCAUUCUUGAGUCCCCCCUUUUCUCCUUUUCUGGCUUAGCCAGGCUCAAAAUGUUAAAUCUUGAUAGGAUGGUAUAUAUCCCGCCUCAAGCAGCAAGCCAAGAAUAGACAGUGAUGGGCAUCUUCCUUGGUCCCCUAUCCCCAAAAUGAAGCCACAGUUGAGUACCCCUCCCUUGCAUACUGGUCUUUUUCUUUUCUUCCAUACCAGAGGGGUGAGCUUGGUCCUUCCUCUGACUCAGCCUAAGCUGACAGUGUCACCACCUUCCCUGGCUCAGAACCUCCAUCCACUCAACCUCCAGUCUUUACCAUCAGCCCAUAUUCAUUUCUUCUAUAUCACCUCCAGCUGGACUCCCUGUCCUUUCAUCCCCAAGAUUUUGCACAGGUUAAGAACAGUUCUGUCCUCUGAAAUUUCAAUAGCUCUCUAAAAUAAAUCCUAGACCUUAAACUUGCUCCUAGGGCUAUGCACACCCCUAUCCCAUCCCUACCUCCCCUGAGAGCCUCUGUGACACUCCUUCAAAAGGUCCUGAACAUGGGAGCAUUGAAUAAACAAAUGGAUUCAUUCCUUUAGAAUGUG